UCAAUAGCUAACGGAUUGGGAACAGUUACCGACUCAAUGUCUUCGGGUUCCCCGGUGCCAGAGGCGCGCCUGAGAAUGCGGGAUUCCACGACGCGAGGAUGGUGUAAGUCCAACGAUGAUCCUUCCCUCCACCCAGCUCCCGAAACAACAGCUAACCACGAGCACAGCGUCGAAUGGGCGAAAGCGAACGCGGCCAGUUUCGGGUAAGAUGGUUCUUUUUGAACAGACGGUCCCCGUCUCACCGCCACGACUAACAACCCACAAAAAAGAGGUGACCCAGAGCGCAUCGUGAUAUGGGGACAAUCAGCCGGCGCCGGCCUCGUCGGCGCAUACCUCUACGCCAACGGCGAAGACCCCAUCAUCAGCGGCGCAAUCGCAAUGUCCGGCGCCGCCAACGCCGGCGCACAAGGAGCUACAAACGCCUUCUCGCAGCUCGCGAGCGCAGUCGACUGCGGCGGUCUCGACGCCGACGAAGAAUUAUCCUGCGUUCAAAACGUCCCCGCGCUGCGGAUCCAAGAUAUUGUGCAAUCCAGCACCCUCCCCGGGACUAACACUUCAGUGCCUAGGUUCGGCGCCGUGGUGGAUAAUGUGACCGUGUUUGCCAACAACACGGAGAGGUUGGAGAAGAACCUCACAGCGAACGUGCCAUUGAUAACCGGAUACACGACGAACGAAAACGCGGCGUUUGGAGGAUACACGGGGAAGAACCAGACGGCGCCUCCGCCCGUCAUGGGCGGGCCUGGCUUCAGUCUUGGCUGCUCCGUGAAGUCGGAAAUCGAAACCCGUCUACACUACAACCUCCCUACAUACCGCUACCUCUUCGCGGGAAACUUCUCAAACAUCACUCCAAGAUACUGGCUCGGCGCCAUGCACAGCUCCGACCUCCCAAUCGUCUUCGGAACCCACAACCAAUUCCGCGGAAACUCGACCGACCUCGAAUGGGCGACUAGCUACGCUAUGCAAGAUUUCUGGGGAAGUUUCGUAGUCAACGCAAUGAUGGAUCCAACGGAUAGCAAGGGCGUUGAAUGGCCCCAAUACGCUGAGACGGGGGAUACGAUGGUUGUGUUUGGUGGGAAUGGGUCGGAGGCGGUGCGGUUGAGGCCCGGGACGUAUGCGGAUGGGUUUGCGGAGUGUUGA